CCUGUUUAUGAAGAAUUGAAAGAGUUCACAGUUCUGGGAGUAAGUCCUUUGUUCAGUUUCUUGGCUUUAAAUUAUUGCUUUUGUGUUGAUAGUCAAGGGCCUUGUAAGGCUCUGAAUGAAUAA